GAAAUGUAGUUCGUCUCGCUUUUUGCCGCGUUGGACUUGGACAGACCGGCUGAGCCCGGGGAUGGCUGACUCUGCGAGCUUGCGAGGGCAGCUGUGCACGGAACAGUUCGGUUCCCGAGCCCCGCGCGGCUGCCACGCUGCCGCCGACGGGAGCCUGCAGUGGGACGGGGCUCGGCGGUGGGGCUGGCUCUCCGGAGCCCCGACAGCGAAACCCGGGCAGGACGCGGGUGGAGGCGGGGGCCCCUGGGCAGCGCUGCCCGUUCUUUCGGGGCUCAGAGCCGUGCUUCUGCCUCAGGGCUUCCCAGAUAGCGUCAGCCCGGACUACCUGUCCUAUCAGCUGUGGGAUUCCGUGCAGGCCUUUGCUUCCAGCCUCUCCGGCUCCCUAGCCACCCAGGCAGUAUUGCAGGGCUUAGGGGUAGGCGACGCAAAAGCCUCUGUUUCAGCUGCCACGUCCACCUGGCUCCUGAAAGAUUCCACUGGCAUGUUGGGCCGCAUCAUCUUUGCCUGGUGGAAGGGGAGCAAAUUGGACUGUAACGCAAAGCAGUGGAGGCUCUUUGCUGAUGUCCUCAACGAUAUAGCCAUGUUCCUGGAGAUUAUGGCUCCCAUGUACCCAAUCUUUUUCACCAUGACUGUCAGUACCAGCAACCUAGCCAAGUGCAUUGUGGGUGUGGCUGGCGGGGCCACUCGAGCUGCACUGACCAUGCACCAGGCCCGAAGAAACAACAUGGCUGAUGUGUCAGCCAAGGACAGCAGCCAGGAGACAGUGGUGAACCUAGGAGGGCUCCUGGUCAGCCUUCUGAUGCUUCCUCUGGUGUCCAGUUGCCCCAGCCUCAGCCUUGGAUGUUUCAUCCUCCUGACUGCGCUCCACAUCUAUGCCAACUACCGAGCAGUCCGAGCCCUGGUCCUGGAGACCUUGAAUGAAAGCCGGCUCCAGCUGGUCCUAAAGCACUUCCUUCAGACGGGACAAGUACUUGAGCCUGCUUCAGCCAAUCGGAUGGAACCAUUGUGGACAGGUUUCUGGCCAUCCCUGUCUCUGUCCCUGGGUGUUCCCUUACACCACUUGGUCUCCAGACAAAAGCAGCCCUCAGCCUCUCCUAUGGAUAGUGGUGAAUGCAGAAACUCAUGGCCACCCAAGGUGCACAGAAUAAAUGGAGGAUGUAGACCUUCCUUACCAGUCGCUUACACCAGCCCCUCUAAGGCUCAUGGAAAAUUGUGGAAUAAGGGGCAGGAAGUAUGUAAGAUCUGGAAAAUAAGAUAAAGAGCUCUGAAAUACCAUUUUCUACACUUGGUAUGAUCUGGUGUACUUUUUUGCUAUCAUAAACACCAUGACCAAAAGCAACUUGGGGAGGAAAGGGUUUGUUUGGCUUGAAUUUCCAGGUCACAAUCAAUCAUUGAGGGAAGUCAGGGCAGGACUAAGACAGAAGCCAUGAUGUUUACUAGCUCACUCAUGCUCAGCUAGCUUUUUUACGCAACCCUGCCUGCCUGCAUAAGGAUAGUGUCACCCAUAGUGGACUGGUCCUUUCCAAAUCAAUCAUCAAUCAAGACAGUAUCUCACAGACAAAUCCCUUCUUUCUGGUGACUCUAGGUUGUGUCAAGUUGCCAAAAACUAAGCACCACACAGUACAACCAGUGCAGUCAUUAACUCACAGCUGAAGUCAGCUGCACUAAACCCACACAAGGCUGGCCCUACCAGCCAGCCAGGGAAGAGGACUGUUCACUAUUAACGGAUUCUGUGAGAAGGGAAAAUCACUGUCUUUAGUCGUGUAUCCACUGCUGAGCCCACCAGGCUUUAACUAUAGCUCCAGGUUCCCGGUCAUAAAGAAGGCCAUGGUUUACUCUUAGUGGGCCACAAAACAAAAUAAAUAGACAGCAAACAUGAGAGGGAGAUUUGUGGGGAGAAGGAAGAUGGGGAGGGGUGGGAGGUAUGGGGGAGUUUCAGUGAUCAGUAUGCAUGGUGUGCAUAUGCAAAACUAAAUAAUGAUUUCAGCAAAAGAGAUGCUUCUAGAUGAAGGAAGGGUGGUGCACAGGAAGAUGGAGGGCCGUAUAGAGGACGGAGAAGGUGUGGGAGUGGGGUAAAGUAAUAGCUAGGAAGAAAUGGGCAGUGGCAGAAGGUCAGUGGCAAACGGACAGUUACAGCCGCAGUGUGACCGAGCGGGUCCUCUGCCCAGCUCUCCCUGCCCCAGUGCGCUCUUCU